UCGAGGAGCCCCGGCCCCGCCGAGGGGCGGGCUGAAACCUGCGGGGACCCGACGGGGCCGGAAGGGUGUGGCCGCCGGCCCGGCCCCGCCCCGGGGCCGCCUCUCCGCGGGUUCCGUUGGCUGUGGCAGCAGCUCCGGCCGUGGCGGCGGUGGCCGCGGGGCGGGCGGAAGAUGGCGACGGGGCUGGCGGGGUCCCUGGGCCUGCUGUGGGGCUGGCUGUGGAGCGAGCGCUUCUGGCUGCCCCGGAACGUGAGCUGGGCCGACCUGGAGGGGCCGGGCGACGGCGACGGCUACCCGCGGGCCCGCCACAUCCUGGCCGUGUUCCCACUGGCGGCGGGCGUGUUCUCCGUGCGGCUCCUCUUCGAGCGGUUCAUUGCCAAACCCUGUGCACUCCACAUUGGCAUCCAGGACAGUGGUCCGUAUGUGGUCCAACCCAAUGCCAUACUUGAGAAGGUGUUUAUAUCUAUGACCAAGUAUCCUGAUGAGAAAAGGCUGGAGGGCCUGUCCAAGCAACUGGACUGGGAUGUUCGAAAAAUCCAGUGCUGGUUUCGUCACCGGAGGAAUCGGGAAAAGCCUCCAACGCUCACUAAAUUCUGUGAAAGCAUGUGGAGAUUCACUUUUUAUUUAUGUAUAUUUUGCUACGGAAUUAGAUUUCUCUGGUUGUCUUCUUGGUUCUGGGACACGCGACAGUGCUGGUAUGGCUAUCCAUAUCAGCCUCUCACAAAUGGACUUUAUUACUAUUAUAUUAUGGAAUUGGCCUUUUAUUGGUCUCUUAUGUUUUCUCAGUUUACAGACAUUAAAAGAAAGGACUUCCUGAUCAUGUUUGUCCAUCACUUGGCCACCAUCGGGCUCAUCACCUUCUCCUACAUCAACAACAUGGUUCGGGUGGGAACUCUGGUCAUGUGUCUGCAUGAUGUCUCAGACAUUUUACUGGAAGCAGCCAAGCUGGCCAAUUAUGCCAAGUAUCAGCGGCUUUGUGACGCACUUUUUGUGAUCUUCAGUGUUAUUUUUGUGGUCACUCGUCUAGGAAUCUAUCCAUUCUGGAUUCUGAACUCAACACUCUUUGAGAGUUGGGAGAUUAUCGGACCUUAUCCCUCUUGGUGGCUCUUCAAUGGCCUUCUCCUGGUCCUUCAGGUUCUGCAUAUCAUCUGGUCCUACCUGAUUGCACGAAUUGCUUUCAAAGCUUUGAUCCGAGGAAAGGUAUCUAAGGAUGACCGAAGUGAUGUAGAGAGCAGCUCAGAGGAAGAAGAUGUGUCCACCAGUGCGAAAAGGCACAGUGGUCGCAGCUCCAGCAAUGGUGCCAAUCGAGUGAAUGGUCACGUGAGAGGCAGCUACUGGGCUGAAGAGUGAAGUAAAUGCUAUGAGGACCUCAGCACACAUGAACUUGUAGGACCACUGGCAGCCUAGUCUUGGGCCUUCACAUCGUUACUCAUUUGACGAGGAGGUCUGCAAGGCACAGAGGAAAAUCAAAGAAGCAAAUAUUUUCACUUUUUUUUUUAACUUUGCCGUUUUAUAUUUAAUAGUCUCCAAGUUUUCAAACAAGAUGUUAUUUGCUGUAUGUGUGUGUGUGUAUGUGUGUGUGUAUUUGUUUAUUUGCGUGUGUGUGCAUUUGUGCAUAUGCAUGAGUUCAGUUGUCUGGGUUGGGGCACAAUUCUGGACAGUGUCACUAAACCUUGCCUGGUCCAUUUUUGAACCCAUCUCAAUCCCAGAUUUGGCUGCACCUUGAUUCAUGCUGGCUCCGGACUGUCCCCUCCCUUACUGCCCAUGGCUCUUGGGGCUCUGGCCAUCUGAAUGGAGCGGUCAAGUUCACUUCCAAGUUUCUGUACUCUUUCUCCUUGAGUGCUGGAAUAUUUCAUAUGAAGAUGUAUAGAAGCAACAGUGGAUGGAUGGCCAGGAUUGCUGUGGUUCUAGCUAGAGCCCCUUCCUGUCACCUGCCAGUGACCUAGACAGCUGCUGAAACCCUGCUCUUUACUCAAUGGUACGCAAGGAGUGGGGGGUGGGAGAGGGCGAGCUGAGGGCUGGAGGAGGACAACAGCCACUGGGUGCGCUGUUAAUGGUUUAUACUAUUGUUUACUCUUCUAUGAUUAAAAGUGCUUCAACCCA